ACUUUCUUCUCUCUUUCUUUUUCUCUCUCUUUGGAAAAAAAAAUGUGUGUAAACUUCCUUCUUUACUCAUCUUGUUGUUCUAGAGUUUUUCAAAAAAAUCACAAUAAUUAAUUUCCAUAAAUUAUAAUUUUCCUAAAUUGUUAUUAUUAUUACAUUUAACUACAAAAAUUAACAAAAGGGAUGUCGAUUGCUUUGGGUAAUAAUCGUGUGGAGCAGAUUUCUGGUGGGUUUUUACGCCGGAAUAAUAAAAUGCAGCCGCCGUAUAAUCUGCCGCCGAUUUUAGAUUCCGGCGAUCGGAUGGUUGUUAGGGUGGUUGAUAAGGAGGAGAGAGAAAAUGGUUAUUUAGAUCCAUGCAGUUCUUCUUCGUCUUCUUCGAUUGGGACAAACAGUGAUGAUGAAAUUGACGAAGAAAAUGAAGCUGAGAGUAAAUUGAAGAACACCUCUUUUGAUUCUGCUGUUGAUGCUUUAGAAAAAGCUUUACCCAUCAGGAGAGGAAUAUCCAAUUUCUACAAUGGUAAAUCAAAGUCCUUUGCAAGUCUAAGCGAUGCUGGUUGUUCAUCUAUUAAAGAGAUUACUAAACCAGAGAAUGCGUAUUCACGAAAACGUAAGAAUUUACUUGCAUAUAAUCUUCUCUGUGAUAACAAUGGCCGGAAAUCCUUGCUCAAAGGUCAUGGAAUUGGUGGUGGUGGAAUAGCCAAAAGACCCACAAACACUAACCGGAGCACAUUAGCACUUGCCGUUGCUAUGAACAAUCGAGAAACUACUAUUGAUGAAGAUGAUGAAGAUGGAUUUAUCCCCGAAUCGUAUGGUACGAACACGAAAAACACGUCUCCCUCGUCACCGUUAUCGCCUCUUCCUCCCGCGCCGUGGCGGUCGUUUUCGCUUGCUGAUUUGCAGCAUUGUGGUGUUAGUGCUAGUGUUGUGAACUCUAACAUGUCUUCUUCCCCUUCAUUUGGCAAAAGGACUAAACAUGAUCAAGUGUCUUGACAGAUAAUUUUAGACUUUUGUUAAUGAAGUUUAACUAAUCAUAUAUAGUAUAGUAGAUGAUAACACUUUCUUA